CUCGCGCACGCCUUCAAAACGCCGCGCUUGACCAUUCGCGCUGCAGCCCACUCGGGGCGCUCUUGUCUCGGAGAGCCAACAUGGAGGUUCGUAUCGACCGCCGUCCGCCUGCACCUCCUCACGGAUAAGAACGACCGAUUCAUUGCCAUGGGCAACGUGAGCCACCACGUGGACUACGUGUCCGGCGUACCGGCGGUGCGGGCCUUCUUCUACUGUGUGUACGGGCUCGUGUUCGCCGUAGGCGUCUCGGGGAACGCGCUCGUGUGCUUCGUGGUGGCCAGGCAGCGAGCCAUGCACACUGUGACAAACCUGUUCAUCGCCAACCUCGCGCUCUCCGACAUCCUGCUCUGCACUCUCGCUGUACCGUUCACGCCGCUGCACCAGUUCGUCGGUGCGUGGCCGCUGGGCUCCGCACUCUGUCGUAUGGUGCCAUACGCACAAGGCGUCAGCGUGUAUGUGUCCUCGUUCACACUCACGGCUAUUGCAGUGGACCGAUUCUUCGUCAUCAUGCAUCCAUUUCGCGGCCGGCUUCGACUGCCCGUGUGCGGCGCACUCAUUGGCCUCGUAUGGGUAGCCGGGGCACUAUUGACGCUGCCUUACGGCCUCUUCAUCGGCCUGACAGCCGAUGGCGGCGCCUUCUGCGAGGAGCGUUGGCCCUCGGAGCGUAGUCGCCGCGCUUUCAGCCUGUGCACCAGCGCACUCCAGUUCGGCGUGCCGUUCACCGUCAUCAGCUUCUGUUACAUGCGCGUCUGCUGUAAGCUUCGAGAGCGCGCGCGUGCCAAGCCUGGUGCCAAGUCGAUGCAGAAGGAGCAGCUGGAGCGAAGGCGUACGCGCCGCACCAACCGGAUGCUCGUCUCUAUGGUCGCCAUAUUUGGCGCCUGCUGGCUUCCCCUCAACCUGUACAAUCUGGCCAUUGAUUUCUCGGUGCGCGCUGCGAGCUGGCAGUUUGCGAACGCCUUUUUCUUUCUGGCGCACGCGAUCGCCAUGAGCUCCACCUGCUACAACCCCUUCCUCUAUACCUGGCUGAAUGACAGCUUCCGCAAAGAGUUCAAGGCAGUACUGCCGUGCUUCUGGAGCCGUCGAGCCGAACUACCACCCGUGCGCUAUGUAUGCAGCGGUGACGCCGUCAAGCUCUAAAUUAAGUCAUAUGCGCUCUCCAAAAGCGCGAUGGCGGCAAACAACGUGAAUGAAAAUGGCCGAUGGUUUUACAAAAGUCCGAGACGAGCUCAGGCUUGAGGUCAUCAUGCAAAUGAAAGAGUUUCGGGCCCGCUUUCGCUGGAGACAACUGCGAAAAAAACAAUUCGGCACGUGAAAUGCGCUAUGGCUAACUUUACAGUAUUGCUUGAAACACGGAUGGACUAUAGUACUGCUAGGAGUCAUUGUUCUGAGCAGUAUGCUUCUUCAUGUGGCCGCUCCACUUAGAGGAAUGAAACAGGGCACCUAGCUUUUCUUUCUGCGCAUGACCAAUGACAAAGCUUUUCUUUCUGCGCAUUUUUUGUUUAAUAUUACUGGCGUUUUAUACCACAUGGACACACGAGCGCGUAACUAAACAAGGACUAUGGAAAGACAAUGAUAACAAUUGUUGGGGUUAACGUCCCAAAACCGCGAUAUGAUUCUGAGGGACGUCGUAGUGGACGGCUCCGGAAAUUUCGACCAACGGGCCUUUAGCAUUCCGCCUUCAUCGAAAUGCGGCUGCCGUCGCCGGGAUUCGAUCCCGCAGGUCAGCAGUUGAGCACCAUAACCACUAGACCACCGCGGUAGUUUUACAAGAAGACAAGGACAAGUGCCUUAUGACGCGCCAGUCCUACUCUUCUCGUAGUCCUUGUUUAGUAACGGGCUCGUAUUUCAAACUAACAUGAAUCACCAACUCACCCAAUCAGCCAUUCUUUCAGUACAUAUUUAUCGCGGUCAUUUCUUUCUUGUUAAAUUCGCAAUUCAGCUUACUAGCAGGGUUGCCGAUGGGUGUAUAUUAAAGGGAGCCACAACUCAAGCUAAAAGUAGCCGAAGUACCCAUGCCAUUGAACUUUGUCGCCAAGUACCCAGGUACAGCAGAAGCGGUAUUAUAACUAGAGUUUUUAUUACUUAACAAUAAGUAAUAUAAUUUUGAAUAAGCUAACACGUAGGAACAAGACCACAUUCAUGCUUUUUUGCUCCCUCUUGUUUGGUGAUAAAACCGAUUUAUUUAUUUAUUUAUUGAUUUGCCUCAAGGCCCGACAUUGUAACAGGCUAAUUCAUGUACAUCGGUGGUUAAUCACUCGCGAGAGCGUUCAUUAUCACUAAUUGAUACUAUUUCAGCAGAAGGGAAGGUAAUUGCUCACAAUUGCUGCGCGCGGUGGAAAAGAUUCGCUAAGUGUUUUGGCUUUGCAAAGUGGAAUACCUACCUCAUAGCGAUGAACAACGCGAUGGGACAUAUAUUUCGGUGAUAGAAAAAAAAUUUUUCGUAAUGAACGCUAUGGUAUUAUCUUUUAUGAAAUAUGCUCGAGCUGCAAAAAUUUCGAUGCGCUGAUAGAGACGGAAGGGGAAGUCUGGCUUUCAUGGCUGUACGGUCGUGCUUAGAAAGAAUAAAACGAGCCGAAUUAUUCUGGUCAA